AUGACUUGCAUAUGCAAGCUAUUACGACUCCCCCGAGCUUCAGCUGCGCAGACAAUUACUGGCACUGUUACGCAUCAUCAUGGACUUUUAUCGCAAAGUUUACAAUUAGUUCACUCUUGUCUUUCAUACGAUUUUAUUGGAUCAACCGGUGGCAGUGCAUGCAGUGGGACAGUAUGUGAUGGUUCAUCAUCAGGUAAUAGUUUGGAUGAUUUAGUUGUUGUACAAAUUCCGACAAGUUGGCGAUCAAUUUUUCUUGAUUCAGAUACUGUCCCAUUGUUUUUUCGUAUGUAUAGAAAUCUUUCUCCUGAUUUAUCUGUGCUGGCGCUCUCUUGUCUUGUUCAAAUCUCAAGUAUUCGACGCUCUUUAUUCACAAAUGCUGAAAGAUCGAUAUUUCUCGCGCAAAUUGUAUCUGGAUGUCGGAGUAUUUUAUUAUCAGUUUGUGGGAAUUCAACACAGACGAUGGCGACGACAACAACCACAGCCUCACCAACUGUCAUUGGUUCACCAUUGAAUAGACAUGUCACUACUACACCUAGUACUCCUACUACUACUCCGGAUAAGAGUAAUGGCAGUAGUAUGAAUAACAAUAAUGACGCGUGUAAUUUAAUGAAUAAUCCCGAAGCAUAUCAUGAAUUCUGUCUUCUGUUAUCCAGACUGAAAUGUAGUUAUCAGUUGAAUGAGUUGCUGGCACUCAGUGAUUAUGCUUCAUUUAUUGAAUUAUUGACUAUUUUCACUGUACAAAGUAUAAAGGUAUGUAAUGAUGAGUGCAGUCAAAACAGCCUACAUUAUUUAUUAGCACUAUGGCAACGUUUAGUUGCCAGUAUCCCGUAUGUACAUCCACCUGAUUCACAUUUAUUGGAUACUGUAACACCUCAAGUUGUUAAUGCCUAUAUCCAAUCAUGUUUAAGCACUAUACCAAAUUAUAUGAAUCAGGCCAGCAUACAUAUUAGUCGUGAAUCAAUACGUUCUGAGAAGAAAUCCACAGAAUUCAAUGCAUAUUCAUGGUGUACUGAUACACUGUCGAAACCAAUGUAUGCAAAUUGUUUUGUAUCUAGUAGUAAUCAGAAUCGUAACCUUCAUCAUCAUAGUAAUAAUAAUAAUUGUAGUAAUAAUAAUAAUACCUCGACAAAUGCAAAUAUUUCUGAAGAAGAUGUAGAAGAGAAUAAUUUAUCCUUGAAAAGUGAAUGCCUACUUGACGACUGGAUAACACUUUCACAACAAUUAGAUCGAGCGUGUUUAUGA